AUGGCUACCCCUAGUGUCCUCACUUUUGACGCUGAGGGUCGAGCCAUUGACUUUGAGGUGUGGGUCGACGACCUGCAGCUGUUCUUACAGUGCGAUAGGGCGGACGGCCUUUCCCUCUUUGACCUCACCUUUGGCGCCUCUCCUGCCCCUGCUGCUGAUGCUGACCCCAUUGUUCGCUCUCAGUGGGCCACCCGCGAUGCUGCUGCACGUCUUGCUGUGCGUCGCCACUUGCCCACCACUGAGCGCGCGCACUUUAGUCAGUACAAGAGUGCUCAGACCUUGUACGACGCUGUAGUUGCGCGCUACUCUUCCCCUGCCACUGCUGCACUGAGCCGUCUCAUGCUACCGUACCUCUUUCCUGAUCUCACCGCCUUUCCCACUGACGCUGACCUCAUUACGCACCUCCGCACUAGUGACACUCGCUACCGCGCCGCCCUUCCUGCUGAGGACCACUUCCUCUCAGUCUGUCCCACCACUCUCACUGUCGACCUCCUCGAGAAGGCCCUCCUAGCGGCGGAGAAGAGCAUCGUCGCCGUCGGAGCCUCUCGUGGUGACCCUCGCACCCCCAUCUUUGAGGGGUGUUCUCCUUCCCCCCUACUGCCCUCUGUUGCCUCUGCUGCUGCUGCCGACCUGCUUGGUCUUGAGUCGGUCGGUGUGGCGUCUGCCCCUAGCGGGAGACGCCGCCCUGGCAAGGGCAAGGGGGGCAAGGGCGCGGGUGGAGCUGGAGGGGGCGGUGGAGGUGGCGGUGGAGGCGGCGGAGGGAGUGGGGGUGGCGGUGGGAGUAGUGGCGGAGGCGGUGGUGGUGGUGGCAGCGGCGGAGGAGGCGGCGGUGGCGGCGGCAGCGGUGGGAGUGGAGGCGGCGGUGGUGGCGGAGGUGGAGGCGGCGGUGGCAGAGGGGGUGGAGCUGGUCGGGGUGGUGCCCCGCAGCAGAGCUGCUCUGCUAGUGGUCCGCGCCAACAGCAGCAGCAGCAGCGUUCGCGGGACAUCCCCCCGCCCCAGCAGCUCCGUGAGUGGUACACGCAGCGUCAGAGGGGUGGGGGUACUGGUCUGUGCGCCUACGUUCUUCGUUCCGGCGACCGCGCUGCUAUCUUUGAUCUUGACUUUGAUGCUAUCCUUGCUGCCAUGUAUGCUGUGACUAUUAGUGAGGAGGGUGACUGUUACCGGUGUUUCCCGCCCGACCCGGGCAUUGGUACUGCUGCGCUAGGUGCUUGUGAGGCUGCUGCUCUAGGUGCUAGUGCGUCUGCGCUCUCAGGUACUGGUGAGGCUGCGCUCCCAGGUACUGCGUCGGCUUCGGCCUCCCUCACUUUCACACUUGACUCAGGGGCUUCUCGCUCCUUCUUUCGAGACCGCACCAAACUCACGCCGCUUGGUCGGCCGGUUGCAGUCUCCCUGGCUGACCCCUCUGGGGGUCCUGUCCUCUCUCACUUCUCCACUGUCCUCCCGUGUCCGGCUGCCCCCUCGGGCACCCUGUCUGGUCUGUACCUCCCCUCGUUCUCGACGAACUUGGUAGCUGCGUCGGGUCAGGUGUUUGCUGCUGCGUCCCGGUCUGGUCCUGAGUCUGCCCCCUGUUCAUGUUGCCUCCUGUCUCACGAGACUCUCUUGUGGCACCACCGUCUUGGCCACCCCUCCUUGCCUCGUCUUCGGGGCAUGGCUUCCCGUGUCCUUGUCUCUGGUCUCCCCCAGUCUCUCCCUCCCCUUCCUUCGGGACCAAUACCUUCCUGUGUCCCCUGUGUCGAGGGGCGCCUCCCGGCUGCUCCUCACUCCUCCCAGUUUCCCCCGACAGAGGCUCCUCUGCAGACACUUCACAUGGACGUGUGGGGCCCGGCCCGCAUCCGUGGGCAGGGUCACGAGCGCUACUUCGUGCUGGUGGUUGAGGACUACUCGCGUUACACCAUAGUCUUCCCCUUGCGCAGCAAGGGUGAUGUCACUGAGGUGCUGAUCGACUGGAUCCGCGCAGCUCGUCUCCAGCUCAGGAGGAGCUUCGGCUCGGACUUUCCUGUUCUGCGUCUGCACUCUGACCGAGGUGGGGAGUUCUCCUCUGGCCUUCUGCGGGCCUACUGUCGUGCACGGGGGGUUCGCCAGACCUUUACGCUUCCGGACUCUCCACAGCAAAAUGGGAUUGCUGAGCGCCGCAUUGGCAUGGUCAUGGACGUCGCUCGUACGUCCAUGAUGCAUGCGGCUGCCCCCCAUUUUCUGUGGCCGUUUGCGGUUCGGUACGCGGCGCAUCAGCUCAACCUUCACCCCAGGGUCUCCCGGCCGGAGACCUCCCUAGCUCUGCUGUGGACAGGGAAGGUCGGCGAUGCAUCUGCGUUCCGUGUCUGGGGAUCUCGGGCGUUUGUCCGCGACUUGUCUGCGGACAAGCUAUCCCCUCGUGCUGCUCCCUGUGUCUUCCUGGGCUUCCCCCUUGACGCCCCAGGGUGGCAGUUCUACCACCCCUCCUCUCGCCGUGUUCUGUCCUCCCAGGACGUCACGUUCGACGAGUCGGUCCCCUUCUACCGCCUCUUCCCCCACCGCACUCCUUCUCUCCCGCCGCCGCCGCACUUCCUUGUGCCAGGUCCCCCCCCGGUAGAUCCCCUUCCCCCUCAGGGUCCUGCCCCUUCAGGUGUGUCCCAGGUCGAUGCAGUCCAGCCGGUCGAGGUUGCUGGUGACUCAGGUACUGCUAAGGGUGCUGAGCCUAGGGGUGCUGAGCCUGGGGGUGCUGACUCUGGGGGUGCUGAGUCUUGGGGUGCUGAGCCUGGGGGUGUUGAGCCUGGAGGUGCUGAGCCUAGGGGUGCUGCCUCUGGGGGUGCUGAGCCUGGGGGUGCUGACUCUGAGAGUGCUGCGCGCGUGGGUGCUGAGCCUGGGGGUGCUGAGCCUGGGGGUACUGCGCCUAGGGGUGCUGAGCCUGGGGGUGCUGUGUCUGGAGCUGCUGAGCCUGGAGGUGUGGAGCCUGCGGCCACUGGACCUCCCCUUGUGGCGCGUGGCGGUACUGGACCUGGAGGUUCUCCGGGUGUUUCGUCUCGGCGGGAGCCACUCUCUCCACAGGAGCUGCGUGAGUGUUUUGCUCGCCGAUGGAGGCCUACUGCUGGAGCUGGCGCUUCUUCGGCCGCUGAGGGUGCUGGUGCCGCCGGUCCCGGAGCUGCUGGGCCUGCGGGUCCGCCUGGAGCUGGAGCUGCUGAGGGUGUUGGUUUUGAGACUACUACUGUACGUCCUAGUGGUGGUCUUGCUGCGGGUGCUACUAGCGCUGCUGGAGGUCGUGCUGCUGGAGGUGCUGUUGGCGCUGGUGCUGCCGGAGGUGCUGAGGAUGCUGGUGCUGUCCCUGCUGUGUCUGGUGCCGCCGCGCGGCCUCGGCCGUACUUCGUUCCUCUCCUUCAGCAGGUUCUUGGUCUUCCUCCUCUCUUAGAGGGUCCACCGCCUGUCCAGUCGCAGUCGCAGUUACCGCCGGCCUCCCCACUGCCUUCUCCCUCUCCCUACACUGGUCCUACUGGAGGUCUUGCUGAGCAUCGUGAGCCUGCGUCUCGUCCUGCGUCGCCUGUUCGUGCUGCUCGCACUAGUGGUCGCAGUUCGCGUCAGCGUCCUUCUCCUGUCCCUGGCAUGCACCGGAUGUCUCUACGUCCGUCCACUGCUCCUCUGCGUGCCCCUCUGCCCUCUCCUCCUGAGUCCUCUCUUCCUGCGCUUGCCGACCCUGAGUCGGACUCUCUUCGUGCUGCCAGUCCUACUGUCACGCGUCUCCUUGCUACUGUCGUCACUGACCCCUCCUUUGAGUCCACUACUGCGUCUGCUCUUGUUGCUGAGCUCGUGGACUUUGCUGCUCGCUGUCGUCUAGACUACGCUGCCAGUCUUGUUGCUGAGUCUGCGUCUGUCUGUCCUCCGUCCGUCGGGGGUGAGUGUGCCUUUGGCACAAACGUCCUUGAGGACAGGCAGGAGGAGUUUCAGUGUCUGGCUGCUGCUUCACCUCAUCUCGCGUCUGUACUGCUUGCCCCUGAGGGAGACCCGGAUGCACUAGACAUCCCGACUCCGCGCUCUUACGCGGAGGCCGUAGAGGGUCCCUACUCCUCUCAGUGGCAGGCAGCUAUGGAUGCAGAGAUGGCUUCCUGGAAGUCCACAGGCACCUACGUUGACGCGGUUCCCCCUCCUGGGGCGAACAUCGUCAGUGGCAUGUGGAUCUUCAGGGUGAAGCGGCCGCCGGGCUCUCCACCUGUCUUCAAGGCACGGUACGUUGCUCGUGGCUUCAGUCAGCGGCAGGGAGUUGACUACUUUCAGACCUUCUCUCCCACCCCGAAGAUGACCACUCUUCGGGUGCUGCUGCACAUAGCCGCUCAGCACGACUACGAGCUCCACUCUCUUGACUUCAGCACUGCUUUCUUCCUCCGACGGCCAGUCUACGGUCUCCGCCAGGCACCGCGUGAGUGGCACGACACACUGAGGACUACGCUCGCGGCUCUUGGGUUUGCUCCCUCUACUGCUGACCCGUCGUUGUUUCUGCGCACCGACACUUCUCUGCCGCCGUUCUACAUCCUCGUGUACGUCGACGACUUGGUCUUUGCCACAGCGGACACUGCUGGACUCGCCUACGUGAAUUCCGAGCUGCAGAAGAGACACACGUGCACAGACCUGGGUGAACUGCGCAGCUACCUUGGCUUGCAGAUCACUCGGGACAGAGCACGCCGCACCAUUACCUUGACUCAGUCACACAUGGUGCAGCAGGUCCUUCAGCGCUUCGGCUUCACGUACUCCUCGCCUCAGGCCACUCCUCUGUCUACUCGCCACUCGCUCUAA